CGGCGGACAAUGAACGAACUAAAACGGAAUCAAUUCAUCAAUGUUUAUCAUUUUUUGAUUUCCUGCUGCUCGAUCGAAAAAGUGAAUCUUUAUUAGGGUUUUGUUUGGAGUUAGCAGUUACUGAGCGGCUUUUCUGUGAAAUUAAAACGUACAACGAACGAUCACUUCCAAAAUGAAUAUGAAAAUGCCCGAUUUCAAUGUGAAAAAGUUGGUAAAAGAGGCUGGAAACCAACUGUCGAGAGUUGUUCAGUUGACCGAAGAGAAACUGGGAACAUCGGAGAAAACUGAACUGGACUCACAUUUCGAAAUGCUCGCCGAACGAGCCGAUUCGGCCAAAAAAUGGACCGAAAAAAUUCUGGGCGACACCGAAUCCGUCCUCAUUCCCAAUCCAGGCAAUCGAGCGGAAGAUUUCAUUUUCGAAAAAAUUGAAAAGAAGAAACCGACCCGAUUGAGUAACCUGGAGUACAUGGGAUUGGACAUGAUUGAGGCUGGUGCCGAGUUCGGAAGUGAUGGCCCGUACGGCAGUGCGUUGACGAAAGUCGGUCAAGCCGAACAGAAACUCGGCCAAUGUGAACGGGAUUUCAUUGGUUCGUCGCAUUCGUGUUUCAUACAGCCGCUUCGCCGUUUCUUGGACGGUGAAAUGAAGACGAUAAUCAAGGAGCGAGGAAUUCUGGAAUCGAAACGCUUGGAUCUUGACUCAUGCAAGAAUCGGGUCAGGAAGGCUAGAAGCAUGCUGGGACAGCAAGCGAAAGAUGGAAUUUCACCAGAAGUUGCACUCGAUCAGGCUGAACGGGAACUGCGAGUGGCUCAAUCGGACUUCGAUCGACAGGCGGAGAUCACGAAGCUGCUGCUGGAAAAUAUCAGCACAACACAAUCGUCGCAUUUGCGUCAUUUGCAUGCAUUCGUUGAAGCUCAAAGUCGAUACCAUGCACAUUGCGUACAAGUGAUGAAUGAUCUUCAACGAGAUUUGGCCAGUUUGGGAGGCCCGCAGCCAUACAUUCCCGUCGGACUAGAUGAAAAAGCUGACGCAACCGAAACGGUUGUUCAAAACAAUCCACAAAAACGGGCUCGAGUAUUAUGUUCAUACGAUGCGGCCGAUGCAACUGAACUAAAUCUAACCGCCAAUGAAGUGAUAUUCGUCACCGAAUGUAAUCCACCGAAUGGCGAUUAUAUGUUCGGUAAACAGGGUCUAACGAAGGGGCUGGUGCCACGAGCUUUUUUGGAAGUUAUUGAUGAUUAGAAGGUGUAUAAACGAAAAAUUCAGAGACGUUCCUGUGCAAAAGUGAUAGUUGUGAUUCAUUUAUUCAAUUAAUUUUGGAAUGUUAAAGCGACACCGCUCGGAUUAGUUUGCUUAUUAUAGAAUUUUCGGUUUGUUAUUGUUGGGCGUUGUUAAGCUGUUUAUCGAUUGAUUCGUCAGUGUGAGUGGCGACAUAAGGUCAAGAGGUCAAGGGAAAGAGAGAAAUUAUUCUUAUGCCAUUGCAUACAUAUUGCACUCAUUUAGUUUGUAGAUGGAACAUUAGUGUACCGAAAGACUGCAUUUUAUUAUGGUUUUGUUCAAUGACAAUUAAUAUCCAGACAAUAUAUUAGGAAAAUAACGAUAAAUCGAAAAGAAACCCCGGCGCGCGCUCUAUCUCUUCACUUACACUCAAAAUCAAUUAAAA